UUUUCGUUUGCUGAUUGCUCGAAGAUCACGUGAUCAAGCUCACUAUCUGGGCGUUCCAAAACGCAACUUCGAUAACUGAAAUCUAUAGUUGACGUAACGUAAACUAUAGAUUUUUAGUAACCAAAGUUACAUUUUGGAACUCAGUCCUGCUAGCGCGCAUAUCAUCAGAUUAUUGUCGAACUAUCUAUCAAGCGAGACUGCGAGACAAAAUGAGAAAUGAUUUAAAACACUUAUGCGAAAGUGUCGGAAAGCUUUAUGGAAAUGGAGAAUGUUGAUGAAUUAUAAUUCUCGAUCAUUUAAAUUUUUUCACUGAUCAUGAUAAUAGUAACGUGCAAAUUACUUAAAUGUGUUACAAAUAAUAUUAAUAAUUGCUUUCUUUUAGGAGAUUCAAGUCAAAAUCUUUCAUAAUGCAUCUCUAUUAAGUCUUGUUGUCAAGACUGUCCAGCUGUCAUCAGUAUGGACGUAAAUAACAUAGAAACAUAUGAUGAGGACGUGAAUGAUCAACCAGUUGAUUAUAGCAAGAAAUAUAUCGAAAGAAAUGCUCCGAUACAAAAUGAAUGCCUGGUUGAUGAAUCACAGACAAAUCACACUUUGAAAAAGGAAUUCGACGAGCAUGACAACAAGGUAGACCUAUUUGGUGAUUAUGCCGAAACUGAUCUUGAUCAGCCUACAGAUUAUAGCCUGCGAUACGCCGAGGAUGACACUGAUGAGGAUGAGAAACAGAACACUGAGUACUUUCCUAACAACGAACAAGAAGAUACGAUCAAAACUUAUUAUACAGAGGGAACACCCUAUGAAACUCCUUUUAACUUCUCUACUGCUACCUCUAUGUCAGAUCUUCGAGUCGAAGACGUAAAGGAGCAUGUACUCGUGAAGAAAAUAUCAAAAAAGAUGAUUCAAGCUAGCAAUAUAUCUAUAUCUUUCAUCAAACAGACUGAAACACUUAGUUGCAAUACGCAAGAUAGUCUAAUAACAAAAGAACUUAAAGAAAAGAACACAAAGGAUACUACAGUUCUUAAUCCUGGACAAGUAACUCCAGAGAAGAUAGUAAGUUAUUAUGAGGAGGAGGAAACAUCCCAUGGCUUCUCCCGUGCUAAUUCGCUUAGUUCUUUAAGUAGUGCAAUGACUCCUCAGAAUAAUAUUACAGGAGUUAUAUCAAAAGAAGAUUUAAACAAUCCUCUUUCUGUAAAUAAGGAAGAGUUGGAAAAUGAAGAUCAUAGUGUUGUCAGAUUGAAUAACAAUCAAAUUGAAUUGUCAUCAGUGAGCCACAAUUCUUUUAAAAACAAGAAUAAUCCACGUGUACUAGAUAAAGAAGGGAAAAUGGUGACAUUUGGUGGUCAAGAUUACUAUGCAGAAGAAACUCCUCUAAUGUUUUCACGCUGUAGUUCACUUGGUUCAUUGAGUGGUUUUGAGCAAUAUUCCAUCCAUGAUGAUCGUAGUUCUGUAAUUAGUGACUUUAGGUAA